AUGCCAUCAACCACGUUCCUAGCCGAAGAGGGUCCAAUGACCAGACCAAGGUAUCCAAAUGAGGAUGCAACACAAGGUCCCUUUUCCUUCGGAGACAGUGGUUUCCGUAUCAACGACACCUUUCGCGAAAGUGGAAAAUGCCUCAAAAGACUCCUUUUCCCGGAAUCUCUGAAGAGUGAGAAGGCCAGAAAGUCGGCCCGAAAUGAUGCUAGUAUGAUUGAUAGACCCUGGAUCAAGGCUCAGUUGCAGCAUUAUGGAAUCGACUUCAGUCCCAAUAUUGACCCCUUAAAGGCGAAAGCUCUACUGCUUACAAGUGUCGCCCAUGGGCUAUGCGAUGCGGUUCCACCCCAAGUUCUCAAGAUCAAGUCCACCCUCAAGGAACAAUACAAGAGCAUGAUGGAGGAUUACCGUGACAGAAUGAAAGCGUUUUGUGCUCAAGAGCUACCAAAACGAAUCCAAAAAUUUGAGGCUUCCGCAACUCCGACAGAAGAAGUAAAGUGUGAUGCGUCGCUCUUCCUUUGGAAAUACUUUCUCGACGGGGACGGCAAUCCAGACCGGACCAAGACACCGGAUUUGAUCCUGCUGCCUGGGUAUACCGAUAAAUCUAUGGCUUUGACAGGGAGAGUAGAGCGAGUUUGCGGUCUGCAUGUGGCAGAUGGAGGAUUGGGAGGUGCAAGUAACGUAAUGGUCGUUGGUUGGGACCGAGCAAGGGUCAAUAACAAGGCACACCAAAUCGAUAUGCGACAAUCUCCUGGACGUGGAAUUCUACGUUCAAAUCAUGAUUGGGAUCGACAGAUGAUGAGCCACCAUAGAUAUGUGGAGGAACUUCAUAAUCGAGCGAGGGUUCUUAACCCGAAAGCCGGCAGCUCGUUCGAGACACAUAAUCUCAUCGGGAAAUAUGUCGUGAAAUGCGAGGCCAUCCAGCACGACUGGCCAUUUCUUUCAAAGCAGCUGCGUCUACGAACUAUCCGGAGUGGACGACUGGCUAUCUUCGACCUUGGAAUUGUUUUUGGCUUGAUGGUGCUCGGUAAAACGCAGGAAGAUGUUACGAAGCUAUUACAAGAUGGAGAUUGGGACACUGACCCCAGUGAUGCGGAGAAUACCGACGACGAGAGUGAUAGCGAAGACAUGAGCGGUGAUGAAGAGGGUAGCGACGACGAGCGAGCAGCCGGACGUAGCAAGGACUCGGAUUACAAUACGGGCGGCGAGCCAGACGAUCCUAUCGACACAGCUUUAGACGCGCCAGCAAAGCGUCAGAAGAUCGAGAGUAGCCAUCCUCGCCAGCUGUACUUUCAAUGGCGUGGGUACAACACCAUGUCAGGUGCCGUUCAAUUUGACCCUCAGGGUCGCAACACGGGAUACCUGGAUUUUGCGAACGAUAACGCGACAAUCUUUGAAGGAAACAUUCUGAUGGAUGCCAUGGGAGGCGAGAUAUCAUUUCAAGGUUACGGAGUACCUGGGCUUUCUGGACCAUUGACGAUGAAUUGGAAUGCACUCUCGCAUCUUGCCGCCGAGAGGGCAAAGGUCCAGUAUUAUAUGUGGUAA